AUGAGGCGGUUUGUGGGAUUUAACACAAGAUAUUUAACCCACAAAGUCUUCUAUCCGCCUUCACCAGUGCAAUGGCUCCGCCCCCUCAGCACCUGUUCACCUGCAGAGGAUAAGCCCCGCCCCUCUAUGCUCAAACACCUGACAUCAAAGAUCAAAGCCACGGGUCCGAUCUCUGUGGCUGAGUACAUGAGGGAAGUGCUGACCAACCCAGUCACAGGAUACUACGUGAGGAAGAACAUGCUUGGAGCAGACGGAGACUUCAUCACGUCUCCAGAGAUCAGCCAGAUGUUCGGAGAGCUGGUCGGUGUGUGGGUCGUCAGUGAGUGGAUUGCGUCUGGACGUCCAGAACAGCUGCAGAUCGUAGAGAUGGGACCAGGGAAAGGUUCUCUGAUUCAGGACGUGCUCAGGGUCUUGGGCCAACUGUCCUCAGUCCUUCAUGGUGCAUCUGUCUCAGUUCACCUGGUGGAGGUGAGUCCCGUACUGAGCGCGCUCCAGGCCCAACUGCUGACAGGAAGUGAGAGUCAUGUGACCACGGAGGAGGGGCCUGUGUAUCGCCGUGGCAACACUCCAGUGGGGCUGCCCGUGUCCUGGUACAGGCAAGUCCAGGACGUCCCAAAAGGCUUCAGUGUGUUUGUGGCUCAGGAGUUCUUCGACGCUCUACCGGUUCACAAGUUCCAGAAAACUUCCAGAGGAUGGAGGGAGGUCCUCAUCGACAUUGACCCAGAGAAAGAGCACUGUCUGCGGUUUGUGCUUUCACCUUCGGCUACUCUGGCCUCCAGUACUCUGAUACAGGUUGGGGAACAGCGCCCUCAUGUGGAGGUUUGUGCAGAAGGGGGUGUGGUCAUUCAACACGUGUCAAAGAUCCUGUGUGAAGCAGGAGGCGCUGCUCUGAUCGCAGACUACGGCCACGACGGCAGCAAGGGCGACACCUUCAGGGGGUUCAAACGUCACCGUCUCCAUGACCCCCUGACCUCCCCUGGUUCCGCUGACCUCACCGCAGACGUGGACUUCAGCUUCCUGCGCAGCUGUGCAAGGGGCGUGGCCUGUGUGGGACCUGUCAAUCAAAACAGCUUCCUGAGAAACAUGGGCAUCGAGGCCAGACUCCAGGUCCUGCUUAAGUCCAGUCCGGACUCGUCUUCUCGGUCUCAGCUCCUGCGCUCGUACCAGACCCUCAUGGACCCUCAGCUGAUGGGAGACCGCUUCCAGUUCUUUGGACUUCUGCCUCUGAGCCGAACCAGGACCGGACCACAAAUCAGGACGCAUGUGCUAAUCCGGAUUAUUCUCUUUAGAAACUUUCCCGAGUUUACAGAGUCUGUGAUGGAGGUCAGAGCCUGGACGCCUCAACAGGUCGCCUCCUGGAUGAACGGUCUGGAGGAUGCACUGCAGCCGUAUGUCCCCUCCUUCCUCCUCCACAGAGUCUCAGGGGAGCAACUCUUGGACCUCUGCCCCAAACAGAUGCUCUCUCUGGGGGUGAGCCGAGUGGGAGACCAGGACCUGCUGCUGGAGGCUGUGGAGGCUCUGAGGACUGAGGUCCUGGGUCUGGACCAGGAUCAUGUCCGGUCUCUCUGGGUCCAGAUGACUCAGACUCAUCAGAACUUGAGAGCCGCUGUGAGGUACCGCCGGAAGAACCCCAACUAUCACAGAAGCCCCGCCCAACGAGGAAGCCCCACCCACCAAGGAAGCCCCGCCCACCUUUCCAAUGACUUCCUGUCGGCAGUAAUGCAGCUCAUCACCUCCUCCAAGGGUCUGCUGAGGGCACUGGACCGGUGUUCUGUGGACAGUACAGACGUCUCCAGAACAAAGCGCAGCAUCGUUCACCUGUGUCUGGAGCUGACCUCCACCGUCCAGAAGGACUGCACACUUUUCCAGAUGGAGGAGAAGAUCCUGGAGGUGUCUCAGUCUCUGGUUGCUGUGUGUGAAACAGUGACUCGGCUCAGUCCAGAGCCCUGCAGCCUGGAGGACGUGACAGUCUGUGGCAUCCAACCAGGACAAGGACUGGGCAUUUACAUUCAGUCAACGUUGAGUGGUUCACAUGUCGUCACUGGAACCACACAGAACUCUCCGGCUCAGAGGACUCAGAGGAUCCACGCAGGGGACCACCUUCUGAAGGUGGACGGUCAGACUGUGGUGGGCUGGCAGCUGAAGAGUCUCAUUGAGUGUCUGCGUUCUGAUUCGUCGUCAGUCGUUCUGACGCUGAAGAAGAAGAGAAUGCAGGAAAACACGGAGCAGCAACGAGACUGGAGACCCACACUGGUCAAAACACAUCAGCCCAGUGCCCCAAAACCGGAGUCCAGACCGGAGUCCAGACCGGAGUCCAGACCGGAGUCCAGACCGGAGUCCAGACCGGAGUCCAGACCGGAGUCCAGACCGGAGUCCAGACCGGAGUCCAGACCGGAGUCCAGACCGGACCGAGGGACCAUCUUGAGCCCCUCUGCUGCCCCCUACAGUCCACUUGAUGGUUCCUUCUGUGGGACGUCAGUGCGGCUGCGGCAGCGAUCCUCCUCCAGAAGCAAAAUGCGUCCAGUGUCUCUGCCGCUAGAGCUGUCCUCCAGGAUCAACCUGCGGAAAGGUCCUCAGCGCUGUGUGAGCAACGAGCGUGUGUCGGCCAUCCUGGAAGAAGGCUGUGUGCAGUACCGUGCCCGGCCUGCAGGGCGCGGCGUCGACCACAUCAGAGGAAGCACCUGCUCCUCAGUCAUUGAGACCUGA